CAGAAACCCUCUGUGUUGCCUCUUGUCGACGAUUGCAAGCAAGCAGCUACCAAAGGAGAGGAAAGGACACCAGAGUUCCCAGACCCGCUAACAGAGCGGAACAACACCCGGACAGGGACGCACGCAGGGUUCACCUCGCGUUGGAUUUGCUUCGGCUCGAUCGGAGAGAACCAAACAAUCCAAGCCGCAACGAUCACAAAGAUGGCCGACAACACGCUUUCGGUGAAGAUUGGCGGGCGGAUUGUUUCGCCGCACCUGCCGAUCGUCGAUGGAUCGCCUUCUUCGGGCCACGAGCUAACCUUYGACAGCUCCCUGCAGAAAUUCGUCGGGGACAACAUUCCGCUCGAAAGCACCGAGGGGAUACAAACCAGGGAACGAGUUCUGAGCCGCAUGGGGGUGUUGUGCCGGGCCUGGAUCAAGAGCGUCUGCGAAAAGCGUGGGCUUCCCAGAGAGGUCGUGAAUUCGGCCGGUGGGCAGCUCUUUACAGCCGGUUCGUAUCGAUUGGGAAUCCACGAACCGGGUGCCGACAUUGGUAAGUCAAAAGCGAACAAGGAGUCGGGCAAAGCGAAAYCGCCCCGAUCGUCCRUCGUUUUGUGUUUGCCGAUAYUCUUCUUCUGCGCACUAACUAUGYCCGUUGCUUCCUCGAAACGGCUCCGCAAUCGAAAACCACAACGGCGACACCAAAUGGCUCCAACCAGAUGCUCUGUUGGUGAUGCCGAGCAUGUGUACACGGCAAGAUAUUUUUGGAACCUCCACCACCGAGGACGGAGAAAGCCUUCCGAUCGACCCGGACUCGCUGGCCGAGCGGGUCAGGGCGCACCCCGACGUCACAAACUUCGUCCCGGUCGAGGGCGCGGCGGUUCCCAUCCUGACCUUCGAUUGGGAGGGCGUGAACAUCGAUCUGCUCUUUGCCCGGCUCAACACGGCGUGCGUCCCGCCCGAUUUCGACAUUGACAACGACGCAAACCUGGACGGCGUCGACGCGGGGACGAGCCGAACAAUGAACGCCACCCGGGUGACGAACCUGAUCGCGGCCCUGGCGUCGGGGACGAGGGAGCGGUACCAGACCUUCCUGACGGUGGUCCGGUGCGUCCGUAAGUGGGCAAAGGCGCGGGGGCUGUACUCCAACAAAAUGGGGUACUGGGGCGGAGUGAACAUCAACAUCGCCGUAGCCCUGUGCGUGCAGCUCUAUCCCAAUAGCUCCCCGGCUAGUUUGCUGCGCAGAUUUUUUCUGGUCUUCAAAACAUGGUACGUAGCGCAUGGAUUCUGAUUUGAUCGUCACAAUCACCCUCGGCGACAUCAUUUCGUCGUUCUCGGUUGUGGUUUCGAARUGCAGMCCCCCUUACCUGGCUUCUUUCUCUCUUCCUCUUGCACAUUGAUACGAAUAAUUAGGAGAUGGCCAAAACCUCUCAUGUUGACAAAGCCUCACGAUGCUGGUUAUGGCCUGCCGGUAUGGGCCCAGGGCCCGCAAACUGCACGGCAGGUAGCUCCGAUGUUGACUCCGGCAUAUCCAUCCAUGAAUUCCAUGGCAAACGUUUCGCGGCAAACACUUCAAAUCUUCCACGAGGAAUUCUGCAGGGGUUUCGAAAUCAUCGAUCGGCUGUGGAAGCAACACGAGGCGAGUGAAAAGAGGAAAGCUAAAUCAGGGAACGACGCCGAGGACGAUGCCGAUCCCCUAGACUGGGCCGAACUCUUCCGUCCCUCCGAUUUCUUUAUCGCCUACCCAUACUAUCUGAGUCUGUGCAUAGUAGGUCCGACACAAGCCGACGAACAAGCCUGGGUUGGUUUCGUCGAGUCCAGACUGAGAAUUCUGGUCUCCGGCCUGCUGGGGAAAUCGUUGCCACUCUCCAAGAUCCAGUUGUGGCCCAAGAAAAUCGAAGCGUGCGUCGCCGAUCGGUCGGCCUUGCUGACAAUGGACCAGAGGAGAAACAGCAUCACCUACUUUGUUGGCUUCCUUGUCGACAAGUUGCGGAUGCGUGGAUCGCAGCUCAACGUAGAGCUACAAAUGCAACAUUUCCGAGACUGGGAACUGUCUAAGUUUUCACCGCUCGUCCCCGGGAUGGAUGUCAUGGCCAAGACGUUUACGUGCAAGCACUUGCCUCUUAUUUGCUUCGAAAUGUACGACGGGGGAAAACAAAACGCCAUGAAGCGCCGGCGAAUGCUUCGAAACAUCGACCCGAAACGACAGGAACGGAGACGAGCAAAGAAACUCGCCGACCUCAAAGCAAAGAUGGCAGCGAUCCAGAAGCGAAAAGCGGCGGCUGCGGCCGAAAGYGCYAUGAAAUCCGAGACCGACAACGACGACGAGGAAGGUGGAAAGAAACGAAAGCGUUCGGAUUCCGAAACGGGAGACGAGCUCGACGAAACAACGGCCGUAAAGGAGGAAGCCGCCCCUGUUUCCCAGGACGAGAACGACRCGAAUGACGACRGUGGAAACAACGGCGAAGAAGAUCUUCUCGAAAACGCUCUGGACACGCUGCAGGAAGCGGAGGGCGGCGAACGCAAGACACGGGAAGACGCAGAGGCCGAUCGAAAGAAGCUGUUGUCGGGAGAAUUGUUGGUGGAAGGUGCAGAACUCGACGGCGACCACGACGAAGACCUCGAUUUCAUCGGGGACGGGGAAGAGGGCAGAAGAAGUUUUGUCGUCCAGCGGUCCAAGUCGCGGAUGCAGCCGACCGAGGAGAACGAAAAACUGUACCGCGACAUCCGGGCCCUGCCCAUGAAAGAGGAGGAAGCCCAGCUGCUCCGGAGCGCCGGSUACACGGUCGUUAGCGAUGCCGAAACAGAGACCAAGAUCAUCGGCGGCAACAUGCCAACCCCGUAUCGCAGCAGGACGGAUGACGACGAGAACGGCGACGGCGAGGCACCCAAUGGAACCAAGAARAAAAAACCAAAGGCCAGCAUCUUGUUCCGCACGAAAUUCGACAUCGUGGAYCUCGACGCAGCCGGGCACAUCAUCGACAAGGGCGACGACGACUUCACUCCUUCCAAGUCGUGGAAGGGCCGCAAAGCAGGSUUCGAGUUCAAACUGGGCGAACGAGGACUGGGAUAUUAUCGCACCGGGAAAAAAGUUGUGGUGCCCUCRAAUACUGCCUAUUGAUAAAAUAUCGUACACUUUGAUCGGUCUUUUGCAACAAAUCACCCUAUACUUA